UAAUAACCUACCUUACAACUAUGCCGCUGACUGUGCCGGUGAGUUCAUUAUAACAUGGUUCAAUAACAAUUCAGAAGGAGUGGGCAGAUGGAGGACUGUCCAUGAUUCUUACCUGAAAGAAACGUGGAUCCAUGAAGUGAACAUUUAAACGCUACGAAAUUGGUUGUAACAUCUCCCAAGAGCCGUUAAAACACCCGAGGGGGAAAACUCUUUUUUUCGGGUUUGGUUAUUCUUACCUGCAGCUCGAGAGGAACUGCUCUCUGUCUUCAGUCCAGCACCUUUUGAACAUUAAAGCCAUGGAACCGACCAGUGCUCCAAAAGGAUGUGGCUCAAGUAUCAGCUCCAUAUAUUACAACCUGUGUGACCUGACCACAGUGUGGGGGGUCGUGGUGGAGGCUGUUGCUGCUGCUGGUAUAGUGACUUCUUUCAUUCUCUUGGUCAUCCUCAUGGCCACCAUACCGUUUGUGACAGACAAGAAGAGGAAGGGUAUGGUGGCUCUGCAGGCCGGCAUUCUAGUCUUCACUUUGGGACUCUUUGGACUCACUUUUGCCUUUAUUGUGGGUCAGUACUCCAUCAACUGUGCUGCACGGAGGUUUCUCUUUGGAGUGCUGUUUUCAGGCUGUCUAGCCUGCCUGGUGAUGCAUGGGUUAUGGCUCACCCUGUUGAAGCGUAGCGACAGGGGUCCCAGGAGCUGGAUGUUAUGCCUGGGAGCCCUGGGUCUGUGGAUGGUCGAGGUCAUCAUCAACACUGAGUGGCUUAUCAUCACUGUUUUGAGAAGCCCACCUGGACCUGGAGGUGUCAUGACCCCUGAUGUGUCCUGUAACAUUGCUAACAAGGACUUUGUGAGCGCACUUGUCUAUGUGAUGGUUCUGGUGAUAGCUGCGGUGCUGAUCGCCGUGCCCUCACUGACACACAAGCACAAGCAGUGGCGCCGAGACGGAGCCUUCAUCCUAGUCACCGGGAUCUUCACCUUGGCUAUCUGGGUAACUUGGAUUGUCAUGUACAUCCAUGGGAACAGGGUCGUCGGGAAUCCCAGCUGGGAUGAUCCUACUCUGGCCAUAGCUGUAGUGUCAAAUGCAUGGGUGUUCCUUUUCCUCUAUGCAAUCCCAGAAAUCUGCCUACUGACCCAGGAGGACCCAGAUCAGGAGCUGCCAGUCGAUGGAGAUCAUGUUUAUCCUGCCAGAAGCCUGGUUUAUGACAGCAUCCUGAAAGAGCCGGAGACACCCCACCAGAAUGUGUACAUGGAGAAUAAAGCCUUCACAAUGGACGAGCCUCCAGCAGUACCCACAAAACCAGUGUCUCCAUAUGGUGCUUAUAAUGGUCAGCUACGAAGUUGUUUGUACCAGCCUACUGAAAUUGCCAUGAUUGCCAAGGGUCUGACUAAGAUGGACAAAGGCACGAUGAUGCCUCGAGCCAGAGCCCCCUCUCUGAAUCGGGGAGGUGGAAGCUCUCUGCCAUGUUCAGCUGAUUCCUUGCCAUCUUAAGGACUGUCACAUGACGUCAGCGUGAAUCCAUGGCAGUGCACCUACACGCUCAGAAGUUACUGUUGGGAAAUGUACACUUUGUUCUCUCCUCAGGAUUCCUUGUAUCGGAUGUAUCUUACUUUCUCUUCCUUAGUAAAAGGCUUGAAGCAAUUACACUGUGAUUAAAUCCCCUUCAUUAGAGUGCUGCUGGAAUGAGUCCUUAAACCUGGAAAUGAAUUCUGUCGUCUUAAAGUCAAUGGUUACCUUUAAACAAAACGUGAAGGUAUUAGGUUUUGUUAGUCACAGUUCUUCUUUUCUGCAACAAUCCUAAAAACCAUUAACCAGGGCAAUGCUUACUUCUGGGAUAGCCUUAAAAUAAAAGUCAUUCCUGUAGCAAUAUGGAGUUUGCAGUUAUGUAACCCAGCUCCUCUCAGAUCUGUUUUUUUUGUCUGGAGGUUGUACCAGGAGCAUUCAGUUUUUUGUGUACCUUGUGCCUUAGAACUUCUCACUGUCAACCAAAACUUUGCACACUUGUAUCUUUACUCCAAAACACAAUCAAGAGAAAGAGUGGCAUGCAUGUUUCUGUACAGAGAAGCAAUGACUUUGCCUUCUAGCUGAAAGAGAUACCAAAACAUUCUGGCUACCUUUCCUUUACAUUUCUUUGAAGUCCAAAUCCCAAAGUGAAAUGUAUCUUUUGAUGACAACUGACAGAUUAAUGAUGGUUGGUUAAUGAUAAGCAAGGGUUGAGUGUAGAUAGUUUAUAGCCGAGGUAGGGUUUAUAAUGUUUCCAUUGUGUUUGCACUAUUAACUAAUGCUUCCCCCGUUUCAUAAAUCUGACUGGAAUGUGGUAAUCUGUUGCGAAACAUACUUUGUUUCAUUGUGAAAUUAAGUUGUGUAACGUAUCCUCUGAAAGCAGUUGGAUUUUGUAGUUGGAUUUAUAAAACUAUAAUUCUAUGUAAACUUAUUAAACCUGUUUAUGGUAACUUACGUACUUUGUAGCUGUUCCUUUCAUAAAAGAAUAAACAUUUACAAGGAGGUUGGAUAAUGUAAUAGGAAAUGGCAAAAGGAUCCCCAUGUACAGAAGUUAUUUGCAUGUGUUUGUUGAUAAGCUUUAACAGCUUUACCCAGGGCUCUGUGCAGGGAUUGGUUAUCACACUUUGAUGUUGGAGGUUAUGGGACUGGUAGUGUUAUUGUGGGGAUUAUACACUAACCAAACCGUAAAGACAAUAAUUCCAUGUGAGCAUUUCAAUUACAUUUGAUGGAGCAUUUUACAAAAACGACACUCUCCGAGAGCAGAAGUGGCGAAAGGAGCCUCUUUGUAUUGUUUGUGUAGGACUGCCUGCUGCAAAUAAACACACUGUGAGCAUCAACAAAUCGUCAAGGGACAAAUUAACAUGGACAACUGCUUUGACCUAACACACACACACACACACACACACACACACACACACACACACACACACACACACACACACACACUUUAAGAGCUCCAGAGUGAGCUGUGGCUGCCUAGCAGCAGCGGAGAAGGCUCUCUCCCAAUUACUCCCACCAUUCUGUUCUGUCAGCAGCCAUGAAACACUUGCUCAGGAAGGAAAUUGCUCACACACUGGAAAUCCGACGGUCAGAGAUGUACAACAGAACACAAACAGAUAUUACUAUGCAACGCCUCCCGUCUGCCCGCUACGAACCCCUACACACAGAUAUAGAACAGAUGCAAAGCGCUGCGAAAACAUGCAGUGAUGUCCACCUGAUGGUGAACUCUGCAAGAAACAUUUACCCAAAUGUAUCCAAACACCUUUCAGACAUUUGAUAGUGUUUCCUUUGCAUUUUCAACCUUUUACUACACUGACCUGGUUUACUCUAGAACCUUGUCCUACAGCUUUUCCAACUCAUCUCAUAGAAAGGGGCUACUGGUAAGCUGUACCUACAGGACGUUAAAUAAACCCACACAGAACUCUCGACUUAUUCCCGAGCAUUGACUUGAGCUAAAACCCAACAGCAUCUUUCUCUGACAGGCAGCAACUGGAAAGCACUUGAUAAUAUGAAAAGCUGUCGUGUGCACAUGGACACAGGUGAGCACAUGACCGAUGGUGUUUGAGCUCAGCUCAAGGGAGUCAGCACCACCAAUCAGUAACAGCUGCCCCCACUUAAUGCCUUUUCUUGUCACUGUGACAACCCUCUGUGGACAAACACAGACGGAGGAUAAAAAGCUGAUCAAACUGCAACGACUAUGAACCAACAGAGCACACAACAGGGCUUCAGUAAUAACAACCACAGCCAUCUGGUGAUACUAUUCUGUAGGUCACUAUCGCUCUUUUAGAUCUAGGACGCUUUGAAAGAUGAAGUUGUUAAACACACAUCUCACUAUACGCACAGCUAGUCCCAGAGUCCACUGUUUCAGACAAAGGCCUGUUCAUGGGGGGGGGGGGUGGGGGGGGUUAUCCCGUAAAUGUAAAUGGCUAUGCUAGGCUCUAAUAAUUGAUCGACAUUUACAACCCUUGGCGUUACAAAACCUUUCAUUAUGCAUGUUGGGUCAGCUCUCUAUUCAAACAACACCAGCUUUCUGCAGGAAGCCUGACAUCUAGUGGGACCACAGCAAGGUUUAUCUUUACCUGGGCAUUAUCCAAACUAUGUUAUGGUCCACCGACGC